AUGGCCACACUAAACCCAAAUGGAGGCGCCCAGUCGAUGGAAGCGCCCAGCACGGCUUGUGGUGUUUCAGGUAACGAGCUCCAUUACAACGUCACAGCUGGCAUCAUCCUGUCCGACCACUCGCUGGCGUUGCAGGGCGUAUCUCGGAGCCUGGCCGGCGACUACACCUGUAUGGCGGCCAACACCGAGGGCCGUGGGACGAGCAAUCACGUCACACUUCGCGUGCGCUAUGCACCCGUUUGUGCAGUCGACCGCGAAGAGCUUCUGGGCGCGCUGAAGCACGAAACGCUCCAACUCAAGUGCGAAGUUGACGCGUCUCCGCCAGCCGAUUCCUUCCACUGGACAUUCAACUCCUCCGGCGAACAGACGGAGCUACCGUCCCGAUUGCACUCGAGCGAGACCGGUCUAUCGAGGCUUAAUUACACGCCGACAUCCGAUCUGGACUACGGUACGAUAUCCUGCUGGGGUCGGAACGCGAUCGGUGUGCAGAAAUCGCCCUGCGUCUUCCAGGUUGUCGCUGCAGGACGCCCGUUCGCGCUGCAGAACUGCUCCGUGUCGAAUCAAUCGGCCGAUUCGCUGCACAUCGAGUGCAUCGAGGGCUUCGACGGUGGUCUGCCGCAAAUGUUCCUGCUCGAGCUGGUGGAAGUGCCCGUCCUGCGAUUAGUUAGAAACCUAAGCUUACAGCACCCACCGGUGCAGUUCUUUAUAGAUAAUCUCGAACCGGGCAGCUCGUACCGCAUCAUUCUGUUCGCCGCCAACGCCAAGGGCCGCUCCGAGCCGGUCAUAAUAGACGAUAUCACCUUCAAGGGUGUGGCCAAACACACCGGCGUGUCCAACGUUAUGAAUGUUCCUUUAUCACCGGUAUUAGCCGCAUUAACGCUCACGGUAGCGAUCCUGUUCGCGGUUGUCUGCAUCGUCCUGGCGACUCUCUACCGGCGGCACGCGGCCAAGAACACGACCAAAAAGCUAAAGCCCACCAAAAGCGCUCAGCUGACGGCGACACCCGACUGUCAGCUGGACUCGGCUGGGCCACAUCACCAAACACACGACCCAACCGGCAUCCAGACGCCCCUGGUUGGGCUUGGUGGUGCCAGUGGUGGUGGUGGUGGUGGUGGGCUUGGAAGCCGCGGUAGUCCCACGAUGGGUGCUGAACUUCCGGAUGGGGAUGAAACCGACCCGGACGUGAUACCGAACCAGUACGAACGACGACCUCCGAAGACGACACUACCGACGCCGUUGUUCCGCAGCCCAUCGGCACGGUUAAUACACCGCAACGGUGGUGAACAUUUGCUGCACGAGGACGAACGGCACUGUGAUGGCGCGAGUUUGGCCUCACUGACCGGUUCGACCACCGAGGUGCACCAUUACUCGUUCAAACCCAGCAAGCAAAUCAGCUACGCCACCCUGGGCAGGACACACAACAGCAGCGUCACGUCGACACUCAGCCCCCUUAGCCAGCAGGCGUCGACGGCCACCCUGCCACUACCGUCGAUGUCCGUGACCGGCGUCGGUGCCGUCGGGAGUCUUCUCAGCAGUCCGGCCUCGCAAUCGCUCGUCACCUCGACGUUGAACGAGUACCGGUUUCGGCCCGAGGUGGUCACCACAUCCAACCGAAUACAGGAAAGUUGUAUAUAA